AUAGGCAUGUAAAAUUUUUUUUCCAUAUUUCCAUAUUUCCAUUCUCUCGAUCUCUCCAAAUAGCGAUGGCUUCUGGUACCGCGGCGGCCAACACAAACGCAACGAUGGCGGCUCCUCCGAUUCCACCUGCGGCCACGGUAGAGUGGCAUCAACGGCCUCCGAACCCUAAAAACCCAAUUGUCUUCUUCGAUGUCAACAUAGGCAGCAUUCCAGCUGGUCGCAUCAAGAUGGAGCUCUUUUCUGAUAUAGCCCCCAAGACUGCCGAGAAUUUCAGGCAGCUCUGCACCGGUGAAUACAGAAAAGCGGGAGUACCGGUUGGCUACAAAGGUUGCCAAUUUCAUCGAGUUAUUAAGGAUUUCAUGAUUCAGGCUGGUGAUUUUCUUAAGGGCGAUGGAAGUGGUUGUAUAAGCAUCUAUGGGAGUAAGUUUGAGGAUGAAAAUUUCAUUGCAAAGCACACAGGUCCAGGCUUAUUGUCAAUGGCUAAUAGUGGACCAAACACUAAUGGUUGUCAGUUUUUUAUAACCUGCGCAAAGUGUGACUGGUUAGACAACAAGCAUGUCGUGUUUGGGAGGGUCUUGGGAGAAGGGCUUUUGGUGGUGAGGAAGAUAGAAAAUGUGGCCACCGCACCCAACAGUAGGCCAAAGCUGGCGUGUGUUGUAUCAGAGUGCGGUGAGAUGUGAGAUUCAGUUGCUUCUGCGUGCUAACUAAUUUUCAUUUUUAAUUCAUAACUUACCCUCAUACUUUAUAUUGUUAGAAUUUUGAUAACUCACUUCAAUCUGUUCUGUAUUGUUUCUUCGAUUAUCAGUAUGUAGGAUGAUGUUA